CUAUAACAAUAUCUAAGAAUAGAAAGCGGAAGUUCAUUUCCCCAACAAGCUGAUCGGUAAACGUCAUAUAUUCUUUAUGGGAUCAAUUUCGCGGAAAAAUGGAUUUUAGCUUGGGCAGGCCACCACCACAUCUUGAAGGGGAGUUUAAAAUUCAGAUAUACACCAAAGGUGCAAAGAAGCAAGGCUGGAAACAGAGAUACAUUAGGGUUAUUCAGGACACCUUAUCCAUAUUUGAAAGUGAAGAAAAAUUUAAGAAGGACUUGGCCAGUUUACUCUCAAUCAAACUCACAGAGGCCAAUAUACUUGAUACCGUUGCUGAUCAUGCACCUCGGGGAUUUUCUGUAAACUGGGCAGUUAACAUCGUUUCUGUUGAUAAGACCAUCACAUUUCUAGCCAAGAACGCCGAAGAACACGCUCAUUGGCUUGACGGCCUACAGUACGUCAAACGUUUUUGGACAGAUCGAGCCAGCGUCGUAGGAUCGAAUAACCAGGCAGCCAUGGGUGAGAACCGGAAUCUUAUUAAGAGUGAAUUUUGCGCACUUAUAACAGACAUUCACGGGGACACAAGGGAGAUAAGGCUUGCCAAAGCUGCUACAUAUAAAGAUGUUUAUCGUGCAAUGCAUCCUAAGGGUGGCAUUCUGGGGGAAAGGGCCGCAUACCUUUGGGCUGUCAAUAAAGAUGGUACUGAUUCGAUGGUUAGAAAACUGGCGCCAAUUCAUGUAUUUGUUGAAGAUGGCUGCCAGUUGUUCAUGAUUGAGAAGUUUUACAAGGUCCUCGUGAUUUUCCUUGACGACGGUGAUUUCAUCGCAACCCCAGCCCUACCCAGCAUAACAGUAUCUGAGGUUGCAAAAUUACCAAGAGUUGUGGAAAAACUACAGAAUUUGGAAAAAGGAAAGUUUGUUUUAGUGAAGAAAUUCUUAGAUUCAGGAUUGGAAAUAAAACUAUCUGACGCUGACAAACCACUGGAGAUAUUUUACGAGCUGGAAAACGGUAUUUGGCGCAGGAAGGUAGAUGUCAAAGCAAAGCUGAUUGGUAGGGUUAAAUUUGAUGACGACAGUGAUGACGAGGAGGUUUGUGAUGGUGCCAAAGAUAAGGAAAGAAUCAUGCCUAUUCCAAACUCGAACGCCCCGGAUCUGAAUCCGGUUUACCGGACACCAAGCCAAAGCGGAGAAUCCCGAAUAAGAUCGAUAUUGCAAAGCAGGGUGAGUAUGAAGAUUAGCCUCGGUAGCAGAAAGCGUGAUGUAACACCCAGUUCCGAGGCUGGGAAACCGAAGGAACAGCAAUUCGAGGCUCCACCAGAUGAACAGCUGAACACCGGUUUCGUUUUCAAUGAUGUUUCUUCUGUCUCAAAUAAUAUUGAUAGCCUGGGAAAUACUACCGGGAAAAUACCUUGUGCAGAAGGAAGUCCUAUUUUUGUAGAGAAUUCCCAGUUGAAUGGGGAAGAACCCUCGAGAGACAGAUUCAGCUCCCAUGACGAUGCACCAUUGCAACCCCAUGUGAUUAGCAACGAAGACGGUGCCAAUCAAGUUGAAAAGGCAGAAUUUGCCAAUAAAGAAAUGACACAAUCUAUUGCUGUUAGUUCCGAGAAGGAACAUGCAAUAUUGGUUCCACAAAACAUUACGUCAUAUGAGGAAAUUGAACGAGAAGAUUCCAAUGAAAGCGAAGGUAAUCCCCCGAAACCGCUCCUUGAACAUGUGAUCCGCUUGUCAGAAAAAAGACCUAUCACUGAAAACAACAUUGUCUGUGAUCAGCGCCAGAAAAGUUCUAGCCUGGGAAAUACUGUUGAUUCGUUGAAAAUAAUCGAUGUGUUACCUGAGAUAAACUUGUCUGCCACGAGUAAAGGUGGCUAUAGCGAAAAUGAGCAUCUUUCUGUUUCGAAAGACGAUGAAAAUGAUCUUUUUGAUAAAAAUGAUACUGUAUUGAAACCUAUCCAAAGCGGGGAUUCCGCGGGUCACGUGGAUGAGCUGAAGUCAUGUGUCAAUGGGGAUUCUAUGAAUUUUGAAACUGAAACAGACGUGAGUCAAGACAAGGGAUUAGCUAACGACAUAGACGGAAACGAGUCGGAUAACCAAGUUGCUUUUGCAGGUGAUCCGGAAGAUGAUGGCGAACUCGAGAAGUAUUUAAACGAAGGUGAGGAUUUUGAUUCUGAAGGGACUAGACGACUUAAAGACGCGGAUAGCUUAGUUGCUUGCCAGCAAAGUGAUUCUGCCGAAUCGGGUGGUGAUAGCAGGAACUUAGAGGAGGGCAACGAAGAAAAAUUUAAGAAUUUGAUCCAGAGAGGAAUAAGCGAAGAGCUUCAAGACUAUUUGGAUAAUGACAAAGAUGGCGGGCCUAAUGUAUUAGAUCUCAUUGCAGAAGCCUCUGGUCCAUCUGAACUGGAACUUAUUCCGGUUGCAGGCCAUCCGGUCGGAAUGAUACUGCCUACAGGCGAUAAUCCGCCGUUAAUGACGACAUUAAAUGCAUCAGAGGAGAAGGAUCUUGAUGGUGAUUAUGACAGUGACAGUAGUGAGAGUGUUUCGAGUAUCGAAGGCUUUAUGGAUUCUGUGAAUGGUAAGUUUCCGGAUAAAGAGCAAGAAAAAGACUUGCAAGAUGGGGUAACACAUCGGAAAGAAAGUGCUACUGAGGAAGAAGUUCCGGACGCGUCAAAUUCGAUACCGGAAGCAAAGGAUGCUGCAACAACCUUGCUGUCGCAAGGGACCAAACAAGAUGAUAAUACCACCAACAAACAUGAUUCGGCCGUGGAAAAUCAACAACCGGACGCAGAAGUUUUUGCUAUUUCUUUGCAGUUACAAGGGAGAAAACAAGAUGAUAGUACAACCGAUGAACAUGAUCCGGCUGCGGAAAAUUCAUUACCAGACACAGAAGAAUUUGACGAGAGAAGAAAAAGGAAAUAUGUUUUGAAGGAGGGAGGACUCAUGAAGGAUACAUAUUUGGCGAGGCGACAACGUUUGCAGAAGGAACGUGAAGCCAAGGCAAAAGCCCUUGAGGAGGAGGCUGCUGCUAAAAAAGCUGCUGAUGAUGCGAAGGUAGCUGUGACUGAGGAAAAUGUCACUGCGCAGGAGCCCCGUUUUGAACAAACUCUUAUUGAGAAUGGCACUGCAGAGAACAGAGGAAUAUUAAUUGAUAAACCGGUUUCUGAGCAGGAGAAUACCGAUAUUGGUCAUAACGAAUUGCGAUCCGCCUCACCACAGCCAACUGUCGAUUGCAGUUCAUGUGAUUUGUGUGAAAGAAAGCCAUUUCAAGUUGUGACGUAUAAACAGAUGGAACUUGUGCUUCGGAACUGUACCGGUGUGGGACAACAGAAUGCAGAAAGCAAUUACGACUAUAUUUGCCUAACAGGCGUCCAUCUUGUCAAUGCUCAAGGGACCUGGGAUCUAGCUGACGACACAGAUUGCCACAGCGAAUCAGAGUUGACAGACAGUUUAGAUGCAAUGAGGAACAUCACAAACCCAAACGAUGACAACAUGAUUGCUAAGAAAAUUGUCAAGGGGAAGAAAGUCGAUCUGAACGGAGGAAUUUGUUGCCAUUGGAUACCAAAAAGUGGUUGUAGAUUGGGGAAAUGGCGUGUCACUAAGUUUAAGGAAGAAUCACUAGCGAUGCCUCGUAAUGAUAAAGACUGGAAUCUGAGGCCAAUCCCAAGUCCCUGUUUUGGGUCUAAUCCGGCAGAGGCUGGCACUGCACAGGCGCACGUAAAAGAGGAACCGUUAAGUAAAAGAGUUAACGAGAUGACGGGUACGAUUUCAAGGAAGGUUUCCAAGGUAACGACAAAAGUUAACGGUAUUUUGUCCAAUGUUUUGUCGCCUGAUGACGAGGAUGCAUACAUACCGCUUGAGGUAAUAAGAAUUCGUGAACAGUUUAUUGGCCCUUUACAUGAAGUCGUUAACCGAGUUCGUUCACAAUUCAUUGAUAUUCCGCAACACCGUUACCGGAAAAUCGGCGACGAUUCAAUAAACACAGCGUUAGGAUGGCUGGUGCGGCGGGAGUUUUACAACGCAUUUUCAAAGUUGCUGUUGAUUGGAAGAAAAGAAGACUCGACCGUUGCGCGGUUUAUUUUGGGGCGUACGACUUCCUAUAAUAUGUGGUCCCUUGCAAAGGAUAUCGCACUGGCGUGUGCGGAAGAACCCGUUUUAUUUGAGAUCGUAAACAUCAUCGAGAACUCACCGUUUCUGUUCGAUGACGAUUUACGCGCGCGGAAUUUCAUUUGCGAGGCUCUUAAUUGGCAAAGCGAGGCUAAGAGUGAAAAGUUAUUGGUGACGUGGUUUAGGACCUUCGUUCGGGAAAGAGGAAUUAUAAGCAAGUUUUUUACGGAAAAAUCGCUGUGGAGGCGUCACGAAAAGGAGUUGGAGAUUCUUGUGAGAGAUGUAAUCAACGUGCUCAGUUUAUUGAAUGAGUACCAGUUCAACUUGCAUGCGGAUUUUGAGCACAAGGAGCUAACAAAGAGGUUUGAAAACCAGUCAGUAGAUUUGAUACUGCAAAGGCAAUCAAAGGAUGUUGACUUAGAUGUCAUGGUAUUCGAGUAGGUGCUGUUCUUGUGAGUGUAUCGUCUACAGGGUACCGCCUUCAGGUAAAAACCCGUUACUUGAUCUGACGAAUCGAUGAAAUCUUAGGCACUGAAGAACAUUGCUCGCAAUAGAUUUAAAUUGAUCGCAAAACUGUACUCAACAGCUUGAUAUCUUUUAAUAUAUAUCAGUAAUAUAUUUUCGUUUUGGUAAGUGAUAAUCUUUCUUAGAAGAAUAAAUCUCAUCAAUUUUAUUCUUUGGUCAAUUUCAUCUUCCAGAAGCUGGUGGAGGCUUGUAAAACCAAAUUUACUGUUCGUAGUAUAGAUCUACUCUGAUGUCGAGAAUAAAGUCCCACCCCUCCUCCCCCACCCUUUUAUGUUUUCAGUACUUUCGAAACCCCUGAUUUCGAAACCCAUACCUAAUUUCGAAGCUUGUAUUCUUGGCUGCAAAUUAACUUACAAAUACUUUGACUACUUCAAUAAACUGUAGCAUUCGAAAUUUCCGUUUCCCAAACGAUGCAAAGAAAGCGGCAGUUUGCCCACUAGAUAAAGGGGAAUCAAAUCGUACAUUAGAAAGAAAUUUCAGCCCAGUUAGUGUUCUCAAUACCUUUUCAAAGAUAUAUGAAAAAGUCUUAAACAAUCAAUUGGUUCAACAUUUAGAUUACACGCUUUCAGUCUUCAUUGCUGCGUAUCGACAAACGUAUGGAACCCAACAUGUUUUGAUACGUUUGAUAGAAGACUGGAAGACUAGCCUUGACAAUGACUAUCUCGUUGGUGCAGUCUUAAUGGGUCUUUCGAAAGCUUUCGUUUGUAUCCCACAUGAUUUGCUUAUUGCCAACAGUGUGUUGGGAUAAACAAUUCAUACAGCUCUUUUCAAGAGGUUAGGUCUGGUGUACUCCAGGGCUCUGUGCUAGGACCAGUCCUGUUCAAUUUUUACAUAAAUCACCUAUUUCUAUUCAUAAAACAAGCAACGAUCUAUAAUUAUGCAGACGACAAUACACUUGCUUAUUUUUUUAAAAACAUGCGCGAUCUUGUUAAUACUUUGCAAAAAGAAACGGGAAUCGCCUUAUCAUGGUUAAAACAAAAUGAAAUGAUUGCAAACCCUGAAAAAUUUCAUGCUUUAAUUCUUAGGAAAAACAAGCUAAUACUAGUGGAGAACAAAAAAUCAUUAAUGGUAAAAAAUUUAAGUCUGAGGAUACAGUGGAGCUUUUAGGAGUUUUGUUGGAUUACAAACUUGAUUUCCAUUCACAUAUUUCGAAUCUUUGCAAAAAAGCUGCAACACAAUUGAUUGUUCUUAAAAGAUAAAAGACGUUUGUUGGUUUCCACGAGAAAAAUAUUCUUGUUCAGAGCUUUGUAUAUUCCAAUUUCAGUUAUUGUACCUUGGUCUGGUAUUUUUCAUCGUCGAAAUCAUUACAGGAAAUUGAACAGAUACAAGAAUGCGCCCUUUGAUUUCUCUAUAAUGGUGAUACAAGUUCGUAUAACGAUCUGUUUCUGAAGUCAGAGAGAUGCACGAUGCUCGUUGCCCGUUAAAAAAUUAUGUGCAUUUAAAUAUUCAAAACAGUAAAACAGCUAAACCCACCUUUUAUGCAGAGUAUUUUUGAAUUACGUUCGUCAAAUUAUUCAUUAAGAAAACCGAAUAACUCAUGUUAGACCUAAUCAAACAACAUUUUGAUCCAAAAGUCUUAUAUCAAUACAGAUUUGGAAUGGCCUACCCGACGAGUUGAAAUCCGCAGAAAAUUUUAAAAGUUUUAAGAAUCUAAUAAAACAAUGGGACAGACCGAUUUGCAAAUGUAAGCCUGUCAGCUUUUGUCAGUAAUUGCAAGUUAAUCUUUAACUUAGUAUCUAUAAUUACUUUAAUGUAUUAAUUGGUAGCUAUGUUCGAUUUUGAUUAGUUAACAUUGUAUACUUAUGUAUAUAUUGUUAGCUAUCGUUUUAUAUCUAAUUAAAAUAAAUUUACAACAACAACAACCCUUGUCUGUCUGCUUCCUCCCCAUCUCGGCAUCGAUAUUUCUAACUGACCCCUUCCUCCCCCUCUCUCUCUCUCUCUCUCUCUCUCUCUCUCUCUCUCUCUCUCUCACUCUCUCUCUCUCGCUCUUGCUCUCGCUCUCACUCUCGCUCUUGCUCUCGCUCUCUCUCCACCUCAAUUUCCACCUCAAUUUCCACCUCAAUUUCCACCUCAAUUUCCACCUCAAUUUCCACCUCAAUUUCCACCUCAAUUUCCACCUCAAUUUCCACCUCAAUUUCCACCUCCCCUCCUUCUCUCGACACCCCUCCUUUCCUUCCCACCUCACUCCAUUGCCUUCCCACCUCAUUCAUUUUCUUCCCUCUAUAGUUAAGCUUAUAUAUCGCGAACAAAUGUCAAUAUCCGUAACUUUGACUGCAGGGGUAAAAUUUAUGGAGCUUCAGUGAAACCCCGAUAAUAUAAGACUUCCACGAACAAUGAAAAUGCUUUACCUAAAUUUUAGUUCAAUUUUACGUAU